AGUGAGAGAAAACCUCUAAUAUAGAGAGUUAGAGAGCCUCUUUGAGAAAGAAGUGAGAUAGCUUGAGAGUUCUAAUCCUCAAGCUCGAGAGAGCCACCAAAGCGGGAAAGACCGAGUUUUCCCAACAGGAUGAUACGCAUUACCAACGAGUAGCUAGUUAUCAACUACUGUUUUGUAUAUUCAAAGAUGUAUAUUUCAAGUGGAGAGCAAUGUACCAGUAAACUAGAUUUGAGUAAAAAGAGAAAGUUCCCACAGUUCGAGCAUGGCAACUCGAAUUUGCCAUUGCCAAAGCAUAGAGUCCUUAAUCAAUCAGAUUCGUCUGAUCAUCAUCACCCUCAACUUGCAGAAAUCGUCGACGAUGAAAACUCUACUGCUCAUGUAAUUGACAGGGGAACAGAUGACACAGGGGCAGUCGAAUCCGAAAAUGGCAGUAACAUCAGCUCCAAUAUUAUUGGAGGUCCCGAUAGCAAAACAACAUCCCAGGCUGAUAGCAAUACCGAAUCGUCGUAUUCUAUAGAUAUCACGGAAUUUGAUUCAAGCUUGCAUGACUUGUACAAUGAAAAAGAUGACGUGGCACCAUUUUCACUAGCAUCCGGAGGUUGGAGCUUUGAACAAGAAGCUCGAAAGAGUUCUGCAGACAAGUUGACUAUUGAUCAAGAGUUUGCGCAGUACUUUUCAGGGUUCAUGCGUUAGUAAGAAGAAAAUGCUUUUGUAUGAAAUGAUUACUUGGGAGACUUUCUGAAUGCUGUGUUGGUUGUAAAAUUAUGAGUUCAGCUGUAAGCUCAACAGAAUGAGGUAAGUAAUAUUAAUUGCCUUUGUUUCCUGUUCA